CACCUGGUGGUUAAACUGAUAAGCAACUUGAAUUCAGUUUCGUCUGCGUUUAUAAACUGAAACAACGCGCAGCGUCGAGUAUCAGUGUCGUUAGGAAGUGAAUCGCUUGUUUAUAAAUUGACAACAUCGAUUGUACUUAAGGUGCAAAUAUUUCACAAAAGCGCAAAUGUUAGGGAAAUUCAAAAUUUUUUUUUCCAACUGGUUUAGUUCUGGAAACCAGACUCAAGGUUUAAAGCGGGAAAGGGAAUUUACACCAGAUGAGCAGUCCCCUGAUUUAGCAGUACCUUCAUUAAAUCAUGCCCCAGAUGCAAAAAAACUGAAACUGAUGGCAAAUAUUCCACAUGACACAGAGAACUACAUCCAGAGCAUGGCAUAUCCAAAGCAACACUCCAAACAAGAUCUUGAAACCAAAGAACAAUCAUGGAACCAGUUCUUUAAAGGUUCCACAUUACAAACAUCAACCCCAGUUGGAAGCCCUAUUCCAGGAAAUUCUAAUUUCUUGAAAGAAAUUCAUCUUGGUAAUAGCCAGAAAAACAAAGGUGAUGUUAAAACUGUUUCCAGAAAAAACAAAGUUGAACUCAACCAACCACUCUCAAGUACUGGGCCUGUUGAAGGUAGUUCAAGUUUAAGCCAGCUAGAGAGACUCAUGGCUGACAGACUGGGUAGUACAGUUCUUGGUGUGAAACCAAAAACUAGUUCUUUCCAAAAACUGGAAUCUAUGCCAUCAUUUACAGUCACACCUCUCCCAAACAAUUUUCCUGUAUCUACCAAGAAAAAUGAGUUCUUACGUGGCAACAAUUCAAAAAUAUCAUUUCAUCAACCAACUCAAGAUCUGAGGAAGCGAAUUUCCAAUGGAUGUAUUCAAAAAACUAACUACAGACCAAUGUUUCAAAAGCUUUACGGAUCUCCAAAACGACAGAAAUCUAAGGCCCUUAAAUGUUCUUUACUGAGCAGUCAGUCACAAGCAUUAGCAAUUCAGAAUUGCGUUCGGAUGGAUGAGAAGUUGUCAUACAAAGCCCUAAUUAGUCAGUUUACGACUAUUUCACCGUUGGCCAAAUUGUCAACUUCCUCAACAUCGUUUUCCGCAACGUCAAAUUUUCACAGUUCUUCAGCCAUCCUGCAAGAAAAGAUUGACAAGAAAGACGCGAAAUCAAUUCAAGAGCAGCUUAAAACUUCGGGUGUCGUUAUCGAUUUGGCCAACGAAUCAAAUUCCUUCUAUAAAACUACCAAUACUUUACCAACUUCCCCGUCUCCCGUGAAACCCGCUACGGUUCGAAUCAAUUCAUUGGAAGAAGCUCUCGCACACUCUCCACAGUACGACUGUCGCUUCAUCUCUGACAUAAAAUCACGGUAUAGCAAAAAGGAGCGUGAUCGGCAACGUUUGCGAGAUGAAGAAGCCAUACGUUCAAAGGUAUUGGCAGAAAAUCGCGAAGAAUGGGAAAAAGAUUUGGAACAGAGAGUUCGGAAACAGUUAGAAAUCGCUAUUAGACCUGUUAUUGAAGAACCUGAAGUAGAAGAAAUAGUAUCAUUACCUGUCAUCUCAAAUGAUAUGCAAGCAGUCAUUGACAGAGCUUGGAAUGGCCAUUCAGACAACGAAGUCCUAUGCGAUGCUUUCAGUCUUACUAUUACUCGUCGGGACGUUAAAACCCUAUCUGGAUUAAAUUGGCUUAACGAUCAGGUGAUCAACUUUUAUCUAACCCUCGUUAUGGAACGCAGUAAUGCUGGCGGUUGGCCUAAAGCGUAUGCAUUCAACACUUUUUUCUAUCCUAAAUUGAUGAGCUCGGGUCAUUCCGGACUAAAGCGAUGGACCAGGAAAGUGGAUCUCUUCGAGCAGGAUAUCAUUCUAAUCCCUGUUCAUCUAGGACUCCAUUGGUGUCUUGCGACCGUUUCUCCAAAGGAACAGAUCAUCCGGUAUUACGAUAGUAUGGGCGGCCAGAAUUUAGAUUGUCUUAAUGGACUGAAGCGAUACCUGGAGGCAGAAAGCAUUGAUAAGAAGAAAACCACCCUCGAUACGAGCAAUUGGAAGCUGGAAUGUGUGGAGAACAUUCCGCAGCAAAUGAACGGUUCUGACUGCGGCAUGUUCACUUGCAAAUACGCAGAAUACUUAUCACGUAAGGCCAAAAUAACAUUCGCCCAAAAAGAUAUGCCCUACUUUCGGAAGAGAAUGGUAUACGAAAUUAUCACCCAAAAAUUAAUCAAUCCCUAAACACCUGUUAUGUCGUCUUAAAGUUUCAAUUUUUUUAUGGGAUCGAUUUCCUUAAGCUUUCUAUCUAUUUAAAUAUGCUAUAGACACUGUCUCUUGUGCCUGAUGUUUUGUCUCGGGACUGGAAGAACAACCCUGUUAAUGCAGAAUAAAUCUAAUGCUUUUUUUCAGUGGCUUUCGUUUAGGUAGAUUUCGAGCAUUCUCCAGAUAUGGCGUGACUUCUAACUUACAAAACAACUAAGGGGUUUUGGGGGAAGGGUUAGUAUUCAAAAUUAUGUUACCUACACCUCUGAAAUGAUGAAUAAGCCUACCUCUAGUGCUCUAGGCGUCUUUCUGUGAUUGGAUGUUGUUAUGUAUAUCGCGUGUCUUCUUUUUUGUCCUAAAAAUCGAUUUGCACACGAACUGAACACGUUUUCAUUCGUAAUAGUUUCCAGUCUUUCGAGUACCUUCGAGCCGGCGAGUGGUAAUGUUAGACAAGGUCUGCAUCUAGUGAGCGUUAGUUCGGCAUCAGCACGUGUUCCUCUCUUCUCAGGAUUAUUCAUUCGAUUUAAAUAAUUCUCUCCGUUUUUCCUCUAGAAAACUCGGCAACCAUUUGAAAUUUCAUUUUGUUGACUGGCUUAAGUUAUUUCUAGUACUCAGAACGUUGACAUCCAACUGUAUUUAGCUACUGUGUGGUGCGACUUCUUGCAUUUAUGAGCAGUGCAAAUUGGGGUUUAAAGCAAGAUUGUGAAUUGUGUUGUAUCGUUUACUUUCGAUCCAUCAUAUCACUAACAUAACCAUGAGCGACGAAGAAAAUCAAGCUGAUAUUUUUAGCAUCACACGGGCUGUUCAUUAUCACGUCAUUCAUACCUGGCGAAUAGAGAGUUACGAACAAUACUUCUCCUCAACGAAGUGCCACUUGACGUCAAUCCAUUCCAGCGUCUUUGGCCACGAAGACGAUCCUGGCACAAAGUGGACGCUUCAGUUGUUUCCAAAAGGAGACAAAGAAGCUAGUAAUAAUGGAAAUCCAGGAUCUGAAACUCUUUCCUUUUUCAUAAACUUAGACAAAUCAUCGGACGUGCUUGAACUUCCUGCUAAGUAUUCUGUCGCUAUUAUUGGUGAUGACAGGUCCGCUCAGAAAGUAACAGGGGAUAAUACCUUCAAGCGGGGAAGUGGCUGGGGACGAUCUAAAUUCGUGAAGAUGGAGGAGCUGCUGAAAGACAAAGACAUUUUCUUGGUUAACGAUGCCAUGACCAUUCGCUGUACUGUCCAGUACACCAAGCACGUGACGAGUCAGGAACGUCGAAAAAAACGAAGAAACAGUAGCAGCAGUGCUUCGACCGAGCCGUCCAAGAUUCUCAACACAGACAAUCUUCCUCCUGACCGUCCGGAAUCACCUCAAGGGGCACAAUCGUUUCCCUGGCAUGAUGUAACUUUCGUCAUUUCAGGCUCUUACGUAAGAGCACACAAAUGGAUUGUGGCUGCUAGCAGCCCACUACUUGCCCAGCUGGUCGGUGGAUGUGAAUCCGUAAUCAAAGUAGAAGGUGUUGACUCUGAUAGCUUCAUCCAAAUGAUCCGCUUCAUCUAUACGGGCGAUUGUGACAUAGCUAAUGGUGGUUACAAGUUGAUGUCGGUCGCCAAUAAGUACAAGCUUCAAUCUCUGUUUAUCAAAUGUGAAGAAUAUUUUGUUUCAAUACUGGAUAAGUCCAGUUGCUUUAUGAUGUACAGCCUUGCUGACAUGUACUCAUCUCCUCGGUUGAAGAAUGAAGCUCUGAAAGUGAUUGAAAAUCUUGAAUUCAUCGGGGAUGGUAACAAAUUCUCCAUGCGCGGAACAGUGGCUCUCGUGUAAAGGCAAUACAACACGGCGAAUC